AUGGUGCUGGCUCUGCCAGCGCAGAUCCAGCAGCAAAGGCAGAUGAACGGAGCUGUUACUCCUCUCACUCCUCCUCCUCCUCCGACUCAGCGAGAAGCUCAGCAGCAACCUCCAGCUAUCCAGCCCAGUGCCCAACUUCAACCGAAUCCCAAUGGCAAUCCCGAGCUGAAGCCACCUGCAUGGCUGGCGACCAGCCCCCAGAUGAUCGACCAACCCCAGCAGCAACACGGUAGUGGGUGGAGGGGCAGGUACAGACCACGUGGGCAGCCAACGGACCAGGAGCUCGAGGAUACGGAGAGCGACGAGAGGCGGGCUGGGGGGUUACGGGUGUCGGAGAGCGUGGUGGCAGAGAAGCUCAAGACGCUCACGGAGAAGAGGGGGACCGUGCAUACGGAGCCGCUGAGGGGGAAAGGGCGAGGGGAUGACGAUGAGGUGCUGCAGUGGGCGAGGGUCGAGCUACCUUGCAGCAGCAACAGCAUGAGAGGACACAGCCACAGGGCAAGGCACAACUACAAGCCGAUUCUAAUACCAUGGAAACGCUUCCGUGGGCAACGUACCAACACACAACAGACGGUGGUUCAACGUUAG